UUUCUGUCGACGCCUCGGCGGUGUCGAAACCACAGCCACACAGUGACGCGGGCAGCCGCCGCUGGGCGUCCGGCGGCACACUGCGGUAGGCCGGCAGCCAUGGCUCGCCCUUCGAAGCUCUACCUCGUCUGCUACAACUCCCUCCAAGCGCUCGGAUGGUUCGUCGCCCUCCUCCGCCUCCUGCCCUGCCUCGCCCCUCCCGUCUCCGUCCACUCCGCGUACGCGGUCGCCGGCGACCUCAUCUGCGUCCUGCAGACCUGCGCGAUUCUUGAGACAGUCCACGCCGCAAUCGGAUUGGUGCCCACAGCGCCGCUUCUUGCCUUUUUGCAGUGGGGUGGGAGGACUCACUUCGUUCUCGCUGUUGUCCGGCAAAUCCCAGAGGUUCAUAGCAGUCCGUCUGUGCUCAUAACGUUUAUGGCUUGGAGCAUAUCUGAGGUCAUCCGCUACUCCCACUAUGCUCUGACUACCUUAAAAGUUUGUCCAUCUUGGCUGACUUAUCUCAGGUACACUGCUUUCAUCCCGCUGUAUCCAAUCGGGGUUGGACCAGGAGAAAUGUGGACUAUGUACCAAGCCCUUCCAUUUGUGAAGAAGAGGAACCUCUACUCAGGUUUCUUCAAGAAGUUCUCCAUAAGCUACCAUUCAUUCUUAGUUGGCGUGCUGGUGUGCUAUCCGUUCCUGUGGCUGAAGCUGUACAUGCAUGUGUUCAAGCAACGCAAGUCGAAGCUGGGAAAGGGGAGCAGGAAGAAACGAGCCUGAGAAAAUUUUAACUCAGCUCAGCUCAGGUGUAAGUGUGUAACUUGUCACCGGCAUGUGAUUAUGUGAAAUGCAAACGGUCAUUGAAGAUUAUUUAAACAAAGUCAUUGUGAAUUGUGGGGGGUGUUGCAGCUGAUGCAAUGGUGAAGGCUUUGCUGAAUCGACCAGCAACUGAAUAUAAUACUAGCAGAUUACUGCGUUU